UCCUGCUCAUUGCUCUCGGCUUGCUGCUGUUCUUUACCGGACCGCUCAUUAUCCGGGAUCAGGUCGCUAAGAAUGUCCAAAUCGAUCCCAGCAAUGGGUUUGCCUACACAGUCUGGCAGGAUGUCCCAGUUCCAUUCUACAUGUCUGUGUAUUUCUUUCACAUUGAGAACCCUGAGGCAAUUCUUCGCGGUGAGAAGCCGAUUGUUUCACAACGUGGACCAUAUGUUUACCGAGAAUACAGACCGAAAAGCAACAUAACGUUUCAUGAGAACUAUACUGUUUCAUAUCGUUCAUUUCGUCAGUUUCAUUUUGUUCCUGAACGCUCAGUUGGGAGUGAGAAUGAUCAGCUGGUCUUGCCUAACAUGCUCGCUCUGGGCGGAGCAAUCUUGGCUGAGAAGCUCCCACUCAAGAUGAAGAUCAUAUUCAACAGUGCCAUGAAGGAGUUUAAUCAAACUGCUUUCUUCAAGAAGACUGUAAAAGAGAUAAUGUGGGGAUAUGAUGAUGAACUUAUUAACUUCCUCAAACUUUUUUUCCCAAAUCUCCUUCCAUUCAAGGACAAAUUUGGAUUGUUUGCAGAUUUGAACAACACAGACACUGGACUAUUCACAAUUAAUACAGGAGUUGAUGACAUUAAUAAAGUCCAUAAAAUUAACACUUGGAAUGGCCUUAAACAGGUAAAUUUCUGGCAUUCUAACCAGUGCAACAUGUUGAAUGGGACAGCGGGUGAAAUGUGGCCUCCAUUUAUGGAUCCAUCAGAUACUUUAAGGUUUUUUAGUCCUGAUGCCUGUAGGUCAUUGGAGUUAGUUUACCAAAAUUCAGACUCAACCUUUGGGAUACCUUCCUUCCGAUACAUAGCCCCGAAGACCAUGUUUGCAAAUGGGACUGUAUAUCCCCCCAAUGAAGGCUUUUGUCCGUGCAGAGAGUCCGGAGUGAUGAACGUUAGCACGUGCAGACACCAUUCUCAAGUCUUCAUCUCACACCCACACUUCUACAAUGCUGACCCUGUGUUGUGGGAGGCUAUCAAAGGAUUACAUCCCAAUGAGAGAGAACAUGCACUUUUCAUUGACAUCCAUCCGUUGUCUGGAAUUCCAUUGAAUGUCUCAAUUAAAUUACAGUUGAACCUGUUUCUAAAAUCUGCAAAAGGAAUAUUAAUAACUGAAAAAAUGCAGACUAUGCUCCUUCCUUUAAUUUGGUUUGAUGAGAGUGGAAAUAUUGAUGGUCAAAUUCUAGACUAUUUUUAUACCUUCAUGGUGGUCAUACCAAGGGUUCUCCAAUACGUCCAGUUCAUCAUCCUCGGACUUGGGGCCCUGGUUAUUGCUGCAACUCUUGGAAUUAUUCUUCUGCAACAGAACAAAGAUAGAAAGUCAGUCACAGAGUGGAUUAGUGAUAAAUCUACCGCUUCUGGAAAAGCCCCAGUUUUGGUGUGUGCCAAUGAGAAGCUGAAAACUGAAUCUCAUUUCUAGUUUGCAAUCAAAAAUACAGAAAAAUAAAGGGACACAUUCCUUGGACUCUCAUGAAGAUUUUGAUGAUAGUCAUCAGCUGAGUAUUUGAAAUCUUCUGGAGUCAAGAAUAACUCUCUGGGUGAAGAAAUGUCUUCUAAUCGCUGUCCAAAAUGAUUGAUCCCUCACCUGAUUCUCAAUAUUCCACAUCAAAGUACAAUGUCCAGCAACAACUGGACGUUCCACAUCAGCUGUACCUGAGAAUAAUCCUCAAAUCAUUAGUAAGUUUCAUUAUCCUCCUAAAUCCCACAGGGAUUCUUCCAAGUCACUGUUAGGAGGUCGAAAAUAAUGUUCUUCAAACAAAAUGGUGAAUAAAGGUUUUGAAUAAUUUAAGAAAACUAGAAUAAGGUUUU